AUGCAGGCGGAAGACCGCCGCUUCUUUGCCGGGCUGCUGCAGGAGAACUUCGAGGAUCUGCCCAGUGAGGCCUGCAGCGAGGAAGCGCUGCAGGAGGCGAAGCGUUGGCAGCGCUUCCUUCAUGAUGACGACGAGCACAUCAAGGUAGUGCGUGGGUUUCAGUCCGGCCGGCGAGAGUUCCGCACUCUGCAUGCGAUGUACCGGUCCGAGACGGGGGGAACGCCACCGUACCAUGGCCUUCAUCAGGAGACCGAGGCUUGCCUCAGAUUAUGCUUGCUCAAGUGCACAGAGGCAAGUAGAUGGACAGUCUGCUUGACUCUGCAUUCUGCACAUGGCUUUGUUGGAGAGUUUUCAUGCUCUGGUGCACUCUGCAAACCAGAGCAUCUGAGGUGCUAG